GCCAUCAGCUGUGCCCGCGCGCCAUUUCACUAGAUUUAACUCCUGGGUAACGCACCUUUAUCACUAAAACGCUCAAAGUCACCGAAUACUAACCUUAAAACCUCGGGCAUAUCAAUGAAACCCUCCCGUUCUUUCAAUGAGGCAUGUGCAAACUGUGUGAUGGAAAUAAACCGCUGGGUUUGUGGGUGAAAAGUGUUUAGUUUUGACGAUGGCGCCGUGAGCGUCUGCCGCGACCAUGGCGCGGUAUCGAUGGACGUUUGCUCUAAUUUUAAUCUGCUUACCUAUCCUAGCAACAGUGAUAACCGCAUUCCGAAUACGUGACUUACCUAAAGGUUCCAAUGAUCCGCACAAAUCCGUCGUAAGAACGCGAAAGUGUGAAGAUUGUAAUGUGAAUGAGCUCAAGGUCGAUCAAAAAACGCAAAGUGUUAAAAUUGACAGUGAAAAGAAAAGUUUUAUUGACAAUAAGAAAAUAAAUAAGAUAUCUGAUAGUAAACCUACUUUUCAACUUAAGGAUAAUAGUGGAGAUGACGAUUUUGAUGACAUAGAAUUGUCAAAGGGGCAAAAUGAUUUUCGACGACAACAACGUGGAUCACUUAUUAAAUCUGGAAAAUCAGGACAGAGCAUAUCAACACAGGGUCCUUCAAAAAAUAAGAGAUCUGUCUCAUUUGAUAAUGAUGGUGAUGAAGACGACGAUGAUGAUGACGAUGAUGAUGACGUCGAAAAUGUUGAUAAUACACCUGUUGUCACAAUCGUGUCAAAUAUUAAAACAAAACCGUCGUCGACUGGACCAAAAAUUAUUACUAAAGAGCCACCAAUGAAAAAGAUAGAUUCCAAAUCUAAAUUAAUGAAUAUAGUCGAUAAAGAUGAUGAUUAUGAUGAAGAUGACGAUGACGACGAUGACGACGACGACGACGACGACGAUGAUGAUGAUGAAAAUAGUGGCAUAGCUGCAGCUCGCAAAAUUUUAUCUGAUAUAAAUGCAGCUAAGGGUAGUGUAAAAAGUCAAUUAGAUGACCGACCAAAAAAGGAUGUACAGGGGGAAAAAAUUGAGAUACGAGAUAAUAAAAAGGAUAAAGACAGUAAAAGUGUAGUAAAAGAAGAUAAACAUAAGGAUCUUAAAACACAACUAUUUACGAAAUCCGAGAAUAAGCCAGAACCCUUUAAACAAGAUACAAAUGAAAAAGCCCCGAAAAUAAAGAUAACGAAUGAAGAUAAAGCUACAAAACCUAUAGAAAAAAAAGAUUCUGUAACAAUAAAACAAGAUAAUAAAGAAAUACACUCUAAAACAGACGAUCCCAUAAAAAAAGAGAGUAUAAAAAAACUUGAAGUGGAAAAAGAAACAAAACACAAGGAACAUAAAGAGAUAAAUAGGGAAGAUGUAAAAAAAGAGGCUCGACAAAAAAGAGACACCACUACUGAACAAAAGCCAAAAGAGGGUAAGUUUAGUAAAGAUCAUAAAGAAGCUAAGAAAGAAGAUGUGAAGAAACAAGAAAAGAAGGAUUCACCAGAAAAACAAGUUAAACCAAAGGAAGAUAAAAUUAAAAGUGUACCAAAAACGCCAGAACCUAAAAAAGAGCAUAAAAUCGAAAAAAAGGAUAAGACAUCUGCGGAAGGUGUUUACGAUAGUCAUGAAGACAAAAAUGAAAGUCAUCGUAAGCAAGUGAGUGAUGCUGUAAGAAGGCGCAAUUUGCUCCAAAGUGAAUUUGAAGACUUUUAUGCGUUUUUUCCCACGUUCGCUCCGAAUUUCUCAAGAAUUCAUAAUCCCGAAUGCAGGCGUCACGGUCAAAUAUUACUAAGACAGUUGAGAGGGAAUAAACUAUGGGCUUUGCACAUGCUCGACGCCACUGCGAAAAUUCCCUCGGGCCUACUCCAGGGCAACGGAAUCCAGCUCGGUGACUUCGACCAGUGUUUGGAAUGUCGCGCUCGCGUACAAUUGGAGUCUGGAAGCGUUGUCAAGGUCCAGGGGGAAUACUGCCUCACCAGGCUGGAUAUCAGGGCUGAGGCUCCUGAACUUGAGGUGCCAGUGCAUUUGGCACAAGCAAGGAAUCUGAUUAAAAGCAGGAUUGAUGAUCCAGGUCACUUCGUGCCGCGUUUCUCGACGCUGAGCUGGGGAGUGUGCGUGCCUGCCGCCUGCGACCCCCAAGACGUAGAGGUCGUUAUCAAGGAUGCGUUACUCCACUACCAGCACACGAGUGGCCUGGUCAUCAGGGUCAAAGUCGACGAAACUGACUGCCAUAUUCCAGCAAGCGGAGAUUGGUGGGAGGUUUGGAUGGAAACACCUACUCUUGUGACAUUGUCAUUCUAUGCUGCAGUCCUUUUAUUGGUACUUAUUGCGACGGCUCAAGAUUUCCUGGCUGGAAGACAUUCAGUUAGUGAAGAUGAAAAAGAGAAGUCGGAUGACCAAGCGGAGUGUGAUCAGAAAGAGACAGAAGAAAUUGAAAAAGUUGUUGAAAACAAACGUCCAGAUGGUUUCCUAAGCGCGUUCUCCCUGUACCGGACGAUCUCAAAGCUGAUGGGAGCUGGUAGUGAUGAUGAGAUUGCUUGCAUUCACGGCGUCCGGGGACUGGCGACGAUUGCCUUACUUGUAGCCCACAAAUUCCUGCCCGUGGCUGUUAUGCCGUACACCAACAGAACUAUUAUUGCAGAGAUAGUAAGUUCCCCAUUAUGGUCGUGGUGUCGAGCUGGUUGGAUCUUCACCGAUUGUUUCCUUCUCCUCAGUGGAGCCCUGAUGGCCCACAGAGUCUCCGAGACCAGCUCUGCGGCUCCAAGAAGACUUCUGUCGCGGUAUCUGAGGUUAACGCCUGCAUUGUUGGCAGUGGUCCUCUUCUAUGCCUAUGUAUGGGACAAUGUGUCCCAAGGCCCCAUGUGGGGUACCCUGGUGACGAAGAACGCAGAGAUAUGUCAGGAGAGCUGGUGGUGGAACAUCUUUUAUGUUCAGAACUACUUUGGGUUCGAUGAGAUGUGCGCACCACAAACCCAUCAACUAGCUUUGGACAUGCAGCUGACUAUCCUUGGCAGCAUCAUCGUCUGGGGCUUCUACACCAAUGGCCUGAUCGCCAAACUUGUGUUGCUGGCUGUACAUCUAAUGGCUGCGUACUCACGUUACACCACGACUAGGGAUCAUCGACUUACUAUGCUGGCUUAUCAGGGAGUCAGUGUCAGCCAGUUAUACCGCACAGCCACUAUGAGCUACACAUCCACCUUUCAUCGAUCCACUCCGUACCUCAUUGGCUUAAGUUUAGGACUUUUACUAAAGAAACCUUCUGCUCAUGGAAAGAUUGUGAUAACCCUAGGCUGGAUACUGAGUACGGCCCUGUGCGGGGCCGUGUUGUGGGCAGGCAUGGACUCAGGGUUGCCACACUACCGUUACAGCGCGACUUUCGCCGCCCAGUAUUCUGCGCUAGCACCCAUUGCGUCAGCGCUGGCGUUCGCUUGGGUCAUCUAUGUGGUGCACAGUGGGAACUGUGAAUUUAUGUCGAAGCUCCUCAGCUGGCGACCUUUGGUGCUGAUCAGUCGACUCUCCUACGCCCUCUACCUGUGCCAGUUCAUCGUCUUCUUGUCCAUCGCCGGCACUGUUAGGUCUUCGAGGGAGUUCACUUUGAUGUCAUUGAUUGACGUUGAAGAGAUAGCAGCUGUACUACUGUCGUCGAUAGUUCUCACAUUAACAUUCGUCAUCCCAAUGCAAUCGUUGCACAAGAUAUCGUUCCAAUUCUCAUCAUCAGAAUCAAAGGAUUCCCAAGAAGAGGAAAAUUCAGAAACAAAAGCAGAAAAAACAGAUGAGGAAGUCGACGAAAAGGAAGAAGUUGUACAGAAUGAUAUCAUUGAAGUGCCUCAAAUAAGGAGCAGACAGCAUUUGAUUGCUCAUAGAGAAGUUUUAGAAGAAAUACCUGAAGUUGAAGUUGAAUAUGAGGCUCAAAGGGAACAAGCUGAAGGCCUCGAAGGUAUAUUAGAAGAAGAAGAAGACGAAGAACUUAUGGAAGAAGAAGUGCAAGAAAGGGAUGAUGAGUUAGAGGUCAUUGAAGAAGAACAAGGCGGGGAAGAUGAUUUUUGGGGAGAGAGAGAAGAAUAUCCGAUAAGACGACCGUAUUCGAGGAAUCAUGACGAUGAUCACGAUUUAGAUGAAUGGGAAUGGACGACUAAUGGCAGUGGACGAAAUGGUGCUCAAUAUUACCGUUACAGCAGAUAAAGUUAUUUAAAUAAAUUUUCCUUCCUUUCCUGUUA